UUUUAUGCAGUCUUUUUUGGAGUGAAAACCCUUUGAAAUUAGUUCCCAGCAAGAGAAAAUGGCAAACCCUAAGGUCUUCUUCGACAUAACCAUCGGUGAUCAGCCCGCCGGUCGCGUAGUCAUGGAGCUCUUCGCGGAUACCACCCCAAAGACGGCCGAGAACUUCCGUGCCCUCUGCACCGGCGAGAAGGGUGUGGGCCGCAGCGGCAAGCCCCUUCACUACAAGGGCUCCGUCUUGCACCGUGUGAUCCCGGACUUCAUGUGCCAGGGCGGCGACUUCACGGCCGGGAACGGCACCGGCGGCGAGUCGAUUUACGGCGCCAAGUUCGAGGACGAGAACUUCGUGAAGAAGCACACGGGCCCCGGAGUCCUGUCCAUGGCCAAUGCCGGACCCGGAACCAACGGGUCGCAGUUCUUCAUCUGCACGGCCCAAACGUCGUGGCUGGACGGCAAGCACGUGGUGUUCGGUCAGGUGGUGGAAGGCAUGGACGUGGUGAGGGAGAUCGAGAAGGUGGGGUCAAGGUCUGGGAAGACCUCAAAGCCAGUGGUGAUUGCCGAGUGCGGUCAACUCUCUUAGAGAAGCGUGCGACUGACGAUCGUGUGUUCUUCUAUGCGGCGUCGUUUUUCCGCUUUUUAAAACUCCGGGUUUUAGUUGUUGUUUAAGCCAUGGUUCUCUCACCGCUGAUAAUAUGUAAUUUUCUUCUAAAAUCUCCAUAUCAGUACGUGGUACACUGAGUGGAGUCUUGUGAUGAUAAUACUGAGCCACCACGAAUAAAGUUGGAAUAUUGCCAAAAAAA